AUGGAUGCGGAAGAUGGGGAGGAUGGGGAAGCAAGAACAGCAAUCAAACCCUUCCUGGGCACUGACUUCGAAUGCACUAUCUUCCUGAACUUCUCUGAUCUUUUCUCUCCAUUCUUCCCAAAGCAGUCGGGAUCCCUGAGCCUGAAGCUACCAGCAAGGCUUCCAACGCGCUACUCGCCACCACCUCCCAGGUCGUUCGUUGGUGGCUAUGGGGAGGGGGCGGGGGGAGCCGCGCUGACGUCACUGCGGGCCGUGCCCGCCCGAGAAGGCGGCGCUGGGAGCCGCUCAGAGCCCGGAGAAGCGGCGCGCGGCCAGGAGCCCCCGAGCCACCGCUCGGUGCCUGCCUCCCGCAGCUCUCCGCCAUGUGCCCGCCGGGGUAGGGGCGAUUGGAGGGCUACCAGAGCUGGGCCUGAGCCUGGGGACUCGCUUGAUCAGAGGCAGCGGAGCCGUCGUCGCCGCAGCCGCCCCACCCCCGCCGUCGCCUCGUGGGGCCCUGGCCCCCUUCCGGUUACUCGUCUGCAGGUGCCUUCUGCCCCCGCGCGGUUCCCGCCUGCGCUCGGCGCACUCUUAGCCAGCACGAACUCGCCGUCAGCACCGGCUCGUAGGAGGGCGCGCGGGCGAGGAGAGGACAUGCUCCAUGGUCAGAAGUCAGAGAAAAGAGAAGCAGGAACUCUAUGGCAAGAUCCAAAGAUUGUCCUGUGAAGUAAAGUGAUGGUACAGCCUCUUUUCAGCUUUUAUGGAAAUGGAGACAGAGAGGAAUGGUGACUCUUACCAAGGUCAUGAGAUUGGAAUAUGGAGCCAAGCUGCCUCAGGUCAUACAAGAUCAUCAGAAGGAGAAGAUCUGAGCAGGAAGAGAAAAGUCAGCUACCAUCCUGAGGCUGUAGAAGAAUGGAAGAAUCCCAGGCAAUCCUGCUUGUCUGGGACUUGGCAAGAGACCUGGGGAAUGUGACCCAGCCCUUCCAUGGGGCCUCUGCUUUUGACCUGUUUGCCUAGUAUGUCCUCCACCAUUUCUGCCCUUGUCACAUCCUGUCAAGCCUGUUCACUCUGAAACACUCUGACCAGGCCUCUGGCAAAUGGAAGCUCUGCACCAUCUGCAUUUUCACCCCAAAGGACUGGGGCAGCAUGCUGGGAAGUUGCCAAAGCAGAGGCUUCAGCCCUCUAGGAGUUAACCACUCCUUCUCUCCAGCUGUCCUCCCCUUGGUGCUCCUCUUCCUCCCUCCUCCUACUCACAGCAGGCAGGGCCUGGACCCAGGAGCCAUGCUGCUGUGCUGUUGCCAGGGGAGCCCGGAGGCAGAUCUGAGCUAUGCAGGGAAAAGGCCCAGGCUGUCAAAGUGUCUGAGAUGAACCGCCGCUAUCCCUAUGCAGCUGGGCUCAGACGUGUCUCGGCUCUUGUCUGUGCCUGAGAAUGGCGAAGCCCAGUGAGGUUCAAGGGCAAACUCGCUAUUCAUUAGUCAGGGGUUCUUGACGUCCUGUCUCUCCAGAGAUGGGUCCCCCCCCUUCCUCUCUCUCUCCCUCCUGUGACACAUUCCUGGGUGCCUUUGGUGACCACUGCACACCCUCCUCUUACCCAACCCCCUCCCAUAGGCCCCUGAAUAAACUCCCCUCAAGGAGACCAGGCAGGACAGAGACAAUAGCUUCAGGAAAUCAUUCAGGCGGGACCCCAGCCACUCUGACCUGCCUUCCACUCCCAGAGCUCCUGUAGGCCCACUCUGCUAUGACUCAGGGCACUCUCAGCCACCAGCCUGCAUAAGCCUGGACGGGAGGACACUACUGGGCACUGCCCUAAAGACAACACACAGUGCAAUGCCAUUCUCACUGGGCUCCAGGGAUACAUCUGUCUCACUGGCUGGCUGUUUGUACAUUUCUGCAUCAUCGUGUGUCUAUUUUAAGACACUCUCCAAUACUGUUCUUGGGAAGUGUAUUUUCUAAAAUGUAGCAGUAUCAAAAUAUAAAAAUGGUGCAUGCACUGGGUGCAGUGGUACAUGCCUGUAAUUCCAGCAACUCAGAAGGCUGAGGCAGGAGGAUUGCAAGUUCAAGGCC